UUUUUUCUAUCACGUCAUUUUCAUAUGGAGAAGAAAAAAUGAACUUAGGGCUUUCUUUAUUCUUCGUAAUAAACUGGUAUUCCUUUUAUACUGAAACGUUGAAAACCCUAGAUGAAAUGGGAAAUUUUGGGUAGAUAUUUUUGGUAGGCACAUACGACGACUGUUAUUGUUUACGGGUAAAUUAGUGAUCUAUUUUGUUCUGAUCAUUAUUAUUACUAUUGUUUUGUUUUGUUUUGUUUUGUUUUGUUCUUUUGGUGGUUUUUAGGGAUCUUGAUUGGAAGCUUAUUAUUUGAAGUGAAUGAGAUUGGAUGUUAGGAAUCUUUGGUAUUGCAUAAUAAGGGACGUGAGGAUUUUGAGAGGUGUUGGGUUCGAAAGGAGUGCACCAAACGGAACGAGCAGUGAUCACAGGAGUGGUGGGUAUUCCCCAUCAUGGAGUUUUCGCUGGGAUAAUAGAAGGCGCGUGGCUGGUGAAGUAGGGAGUAUUCACAGUCAGUAUUCUCGUGGACACAGUGGCAAUGUUGGCUUGGAGAUUAAGGGCCGAAUGGACGUAAGUAGAGAUGAUAUAUCAGAUGGAGGAAGUCCUUUGGAAAGUUUACAAUCUCCUGCAUGGCAAAAGUCUCCAGCUCAUGAAGGAGCUGCUGGGGAUUUGGCUACUCCUGCUUCAGAGAUAUCCUUGAGAAGCAGUUUCUCUACUGAGGUGAAGGAUAUAACUGAAACACCGACAGUUGCAGAUCCAUCAUCUUCGAAGCUUGCCUUCUCUGUACCUUCAACCCCCCUUUUCACAGUUCCUAAGUCAGAAAUUUCAUGCACUUCCAGGCAUCCACCUACUUCAAGCUCAACCCCGUCAAGGAGAGCCCGACGUUCUCCUGGACACCAGCUCUUGAGAGAAGUCCCUGAUAGCAGAAUAUGGGGAUUUAAGUCACCAAAUAACAACUCACUAUCUGAGGGAAGACAGUCCUUUGUCCUUUCUACCUGUAGCAAUGACUUGACAUUGGGCUCCCAUGGUGGGUCUUCGGAUGGUUGGUCAAUGCGUACCUUUUCUGAGCUUGUGGCGUCUUCUCAAAGAGAGAGGUGGUCUUUUGACAGUGAGUCCUUGGGCUCUAGCCGUGGUAAACUAACAAGGUCAGAUAGCCAGCCUUUAUCUUCUCCCUCCAUUGAUCUUCGUGCAUGCGGGGUUUGUUCCAAACUUUUGGCAGAAAGAUCAUCAUGGGGCAGUACUGAACUCUCUGUGGUGGCUGUCCUGAUCUGCGGGCAUGCUUUCCAUGCCGAGUGCUUAGAGAGCAUGACAUCACAGAAUGACAGGUAUGAUCCACCUUGCCCGAUAUGCAUUGGUGGUGGGAAGCAUGUGGCGAAGAUUUCUGGAAAAACAUCAAGAGAAGUAGACUUGAAGUUAAGAUUUAACAGGAUAUCCAGAAACCGUGUAAUGGAUAGUGAUGUUGAGGGGGAUUCGGUGGUGUCUAACCAACGGAGAAGAGAAGGAAAAUCCCCCAAAUUCACUGGACCUUAUUCCAGCAGGAGGAGUUCCUUUGCGGGACCUUUCUUAAGGAGACACUUCUCGCUUGGUAUGAAGUCGACUAGGUCUCUCGAAAUUAGUGAAUCAUCUUCUUCAAGAAGAAAGGGAUUCUGGGCAAGAUACCGAAAGUAGUGAUCUGGGGCGGAUAAUGAAGAGAAAUGCUGUGACUAAGCUGAAAACCCGCACACACACGUCUCUCUUAAUUGGUACCAUAAUCUUUGUUGUGCGUAAUACUCCUCGGCAUGAUGUCGACAACAGAAAAUCAACUCCUAGCAAUGAAGCUAAGCAGGAAUGAAUCUUAUUUUGUACUUUGUAAAAAGUAUUUACCUUUUCCCUCUGUAAAAUUUUAUUGUAGAAACAGAGGACUGAUGCAAAUGUUCUGUUAUGGGAAAAAAGGAAAAUCAUCAGAAAUGUAGAGCACCUCAAAAAAGAUCUAUUUUGUAGGGUCCUAUCUUUGUUAUUGCUUACCAUGGAAAAUCGGUCUGUAAUGAUUCUAAUGAACGCUCAGUAUUUAAUAGAAGCUUACUAAUUCUUAAUCAA